AUGGCUUCCCGAAACUGUCGGUGGGAGCUCCUCGCAGCUUCGCUAACCCUAACCUUAGCUUUGAUUCACCUGGUGGAGGCAAACUCCGAGGGAGAUGCUCUCUACGCUCUUCGCCGGAGCUUGACAGACCCGGACCAUGUCCUCCAGAGCUGGGAUCCGACUCUUGUAAACCCUUGCACCUGGUUCCAUGUCACCUGUAACCAAGACAACCGCGUCACUCGAGUGGAUUUGGGUAAUUCAAACCUUUCUGGACAUCUUGCACCUGAGCUUGGGAAGCUUGAACAUCUACAGUAUCUGGAGCUGUACAAAAACAACAUCCAAGGAACUGUACCUUCUGAACUUGGGAACCUCAAGAAUCUCAUCAGCCUGGAUCUAUACAACAACAAUCUUACGGGGAAAGUGCCUACUUCCUUGGGAAAGUUGAAGUCUCUCGUAUUUCUACGGCUUAACGACAACAAAUUGACCGGUCCAAUCCCUAGAGAACUCACGGCAGUCUCAAGCCUUAAAGUUGUUGAUGUCUCGAGCAAUAACUUGUGUGGAACAAUCCCAACCAAUGGACCUUUUGUACACAUUCCUUUGGAGAACUUUGAGAACAACCCGAGAUUGGAGGGACCGGAACUGCUCGGUCUUGCGAGCUACGACACAAACUGCACCUGA